AUGCCAAGACAAUGUCGUGAUCUAAAAUGUAUUGCAAAUAAGGAAAAAUUGACCGUUCAUAAAUACAAGAACAAAGAGAAAGAUCCGAGACCGAUUUCAUAUAGAAAUUCUUUGAGCAAUUCUACUGCAUCGCAAAGUAAAAAGCAGAAAUGUACAAAACCAAAGUCAACGUACUCGAGAGAUGGCUCGAAAAAUCAUAUUUAUCUUAUUUGUGUGUAUAGCAUGAAGAACUUGAAAUCGAGCACGCCUGAACGAAUUUCCAGCAGGUCCCAAAACUAUACGGAGCAAAUAUGUACCUGUGGCAAAAGGCGUCGCGAUCCUCAGAGUGGAGGUUUGCACAAGCACGUGAAUUCGCAGAAUGUGUCUACGGAGAGGAGCAAGAAGAAAAGAAAAAAAUCUCGUCGCCGACAUAAAAAGGCUUCGAGGAGAGAAAGUGAUCAACCGAGGCAUGACUGUUUCACGACGCUUUGUGUCUGUGUGCGAGGUCGCAGUUCGAAUAAGCUAAGAGCUUGUAAAUGCACGUCGUCUCGUGAGAUUCUCUCCAGCGAUCACGAAUGUUGCUGCGUUAAAGACGGACGAAAAAAGAGGAGGAAUCGACCUACAAACAUAUUAAGAAAUGACAUUCAAACAGGCAGACACACUGCAGAUCCAUCGACCAGUGAAAGAAAACAUCCGGACGAAUUAUUGCAAGAAAAAGCAAAGUUAGCUGAAGAACGCAACGUGAUUAUCAAAGGAUUAGACACUAUUCGCAAAGGAAUUAACAGAUUUGGUGCACACACAAUUAAAAUUUUUGAAUCUAAAAAUUAA